CAAGCUCAACUACAACGCGUUAGUGGAGAUGCCACAGUUUGAUGAGCGCCUGCCAGCUCUCACCCUGCUCAGUCUUCAGCAUAACAGCAUCACGGCCGUGUCGCCGCACACGCUGCGCAGUAUCCCCGCGCUCGCUACCCUGGACCUCGGUCACAACCUGCUCGCCAGUCUCAGCUUCCCCAACGGCACGCACAUACGCCAGCUGUCUGUGAACAACAACAGACUGACGCGUGUGGAGGCAGGCAGCCUGGACUCGCUCACCUGCCUGCAAUCCCUGCAUCUCAACCACAACCGCCUGUCGCAGCUCACAGCUCACGUCUUCCAUCGACUCACCAACCUCACUCACCCUGGAUCUGAGUCACAACCGACUAACCGUCAUAGAGGGACUCGUGUUUCGCGGACUCACGAAUCUUUCGUCACUAAGACUCAAGCGUAACGGCAUCACGUCACUGAUGGACGGAGCGUUCUGGGGCUCGACUCCAUCCAGACGCUGGAGCUUGAUCAGAACAAUCUGACGGCCGUAACGCGAGGCUGGCUCUUCAAGAUGUCUACCCUGCGACAGCUACGCCUGAGUCAUAACCACAUCGCAAGCAUUGAACCCACGAGCUGGGAGUACUGCCCUGCACUGUUGCAACUGGACCUGUCGCACAACCGACUGGACAAGGCGCUACCUGCUGGCACGUUUCAGAAGUUGUCACAGCUGAAGCAGUUGUUGCUGAGUGAUAACAGGCUGAUGGAGAUCGAAGAUAAAGCAUUCAAUGGUCUCAACCAGCUGAGAGCUCUCGACCUGAGCAACAACGCCAUCUCUUGGACGGGAGAGGAAGCGAGGAAUGUGUUCGCUGGCCUCGGGCGUCUGUCGAGACUCGAUCUCCGUGGCAACGAGGUGCGCUCGAUUCCGGUCGACCUCUUCACGGGAUGCAUGCAGCUGAAAAGUCUCGAUCUCCGUGGCAACAACAUAUCGUCGGUUCAGGACAAUGCCUUUGGAGAACUUUUCUUCCUGAAGGAUUUCCACAUGGACACCGCCAGUCUGCUGUGUGACUGUAACAUCAAGUGGCUCCCUCGCUGGGUGACGAGAAGUCGCUUUCAGAAGACGGUGUCCCUGCAGUGCCACCACCCAGCAUGGCUGCGAGCCAAGGACCCGAUGAAAAUCAACGCGAGAGAUUUCACGUGCAGUGGUCAUCCGAAGCCGAUGAUAGUGACUCACCCGGAGACGCUGUCAACGCUGAAGGACAGCAACGUGACCUUGAACUGUCACGCGUCGAGCACCGCCGACCUUCCCAUGACCUUCCGCUGGAAAAAGAACGGCAAGGCGAUCAAUGGCAGCAGCGGCUACAGCGUUGUCGCGAAUGGUCGCACGUCGGACGACGGCAUGGUGACCUUCGUUGGCCGGCUGCGUCUGACCAACGUCCAGGACAGUGACCAGGGCCUGUACCAGUGCUUCGUGACGAAUGACCACGACACUGCCUUCUCCCAGAAAGCCUACCUGACCGUCAACGAGUUUCCUGUGUUCACGAAGACUCCCGUGGACAUCACGGUGAAGGCGGGCAGCAAGGCGCGGCUGGAGUGCGCGGCGCGCGGCGAACCACAGCCGCAGAUCGCGUGGCAGAAGGACGGCGGUGGCAGCGACUUCCCGGCCGCCAGGGAGCGGCGCAUGCGCUUCUUCCCGCAGGACAGCGUGUUUUUCAUCGUCAACGUGCGAGCGAGCGACGCGGGGCAGUACUCCUGCAUCGCCGCGAACGCCGCCGGCGUCGUCACGCACAACAUCACGCUGAGCGUGCUGCAGGCGCCGGCGCCACCUAGGCCCGCCGCCGAGAAACGCGUCGCCAUCGGCGGCACCGUCGCCCUGGAGUGCCUCACCGGAGCGAGUUCUAGCCAGGUGAUCACGUGGGAGAAGGACGGGCGGCCGCUGCAGUCGACGCCGCGACACUUUGCGAUCAACGAUAACCAGCUUCUCGUGAUCGUGCAGGCGCAGCCGAGCGACGCUGGAACCUACACGUGCGAGGUCGUCAACGCUCUCGGAUCCGUGCGCCGCGCCUCCUGGCUGGACGUCGUAGAAGCGGGAACGGUGGAGGAGAAGCCGGCGCCCCCUGCUGGCGGCAUGAUGUCGGACGACAACGCGAUGCGGUUUGUCAUCGUCAUCGCCGUCGUCUGCUGCGUUGUCGGCACCUCCAUCGUCUGGGUGCUCGUCAUCAUCUGCCAGACGCAGAAACGCUCCAACCUGCUCGCCACCAGUCGCUCAGUUGCGAGGCGAUUACCGGAGCAGGGUCUGUACCAGUACCAGCCGACGAGCGGUUAUCGCGUGGAGAAGGAAGGUCCCGAACCACUGCACAUACAGAUACGCACGCAAGACGGCAAGGUUCAGAUUGUCGGGAGGCAGUCGAGCGGCAGCCUCCCCGACCGCACGCAUGCGCACCGGCCGCUGCUGCGUGCUCGCUCGGACGCGGCGGCAGGCGGCAGUGCGGGGUUCCGCCGCGGCCCGGAGAGCGAUUCUUCUGUUGACACGAUGAGCAGUGAACCGAGCACGCACAGUACAGGCAGCAGCAGUGGCGGCGGAGGCGGAGGCGGCGGCGGAGGAGGCGGGGCGCGGGACAGAGACUUGAGUCUGGCCACGUUCAAGCCCAGACUUAAGCAUGCUGCAGGUGAUGCAUCACCAGCAGCAGCAUCAUUAUCAUCAUCAUCAUCAGCAGCAGCAGCAGCAGCAGCAGAGUCUGCCACUGGGAGGGCGCCACUGUGUGGUGUCGUGUCUCCCGCAUCGUGUGAUAGCAGCUCCCUCUUCCUCGCGCCGCGCCGCGACGGUAGCGCCCUCGUGUGCGAGCCGUCCGCCGUGAAGGCGUUGUCACAGAGUCGUGACAGCGGACUGUCGAUCGUGUCACCGUCGGGUGACGCGCGGCCGCUGCAGGCGUCCGAGUCGUCGACGACUUUUCCCUGUGAGCCGGCGCCCUCGCGGUGCAGACAGGUGGCGCCACCGUUCAGCGCAGACAAUUAUGGGAUGUGUAGUCGGUCGGCGGAGCAUCCGUCGAAACUUUACGCCGGAGCGACGACACGGACGUUAGCAUCCGUGCAUCUGCAGCAUCCCGCAUCCGAGCAACAGCAGCAUCCGCAUUCACAGCAUCCGCAUCUGCAGCAUCCCUCGUCAGAUCAGGAGCAGCAUCCUGCAUGCAAGCAACAGCAGCAUCUGCAUCCGCAGCAUCCCGCAUCUGAGCAGCAGCAUCCGCAUCCACAGCAUCCCACGGCGAUGCGCAGCAGCAGCGGCGACGAUCGUCUGUUAACGAACAAGUUCUCUAAGUUCAUCGACGUCUAGGCCUCAGGUCGCGCGCGGGGGGGGGGGGGGGGGCGUGAAUACCCGCUUGUAUCUGUUCAUACAGGUUUAUUGUAGUUACCUCGGUCUGCCGCGCGCGUGUGUGCGUGCGUGCGUGCAUGCGUGCGUGUGUACGGUGGAUUGGUGUGUGCGUGUGCGUGUGCGUGUG